GAAGAGGCGGGGCUUCGGUUAAGGACGCUUGCCUGGCGUUGUUCAUUCAACAUGGCAGCGGGACCAAUUUCAGAAAGAAACCAAGACGCCACUGUGUAUGUUGGCGGCUUGGAUGAGAAAGUGUCUGAGCCGUUGCUAUGGGAGCUCUUCCUGCAGGCUGGUCCUGUGGUCAACACACACAUGCCCAAAGACAGAGUGACUGGCCAACAUCAAGGUUAUGGCUUUGUUGAGUUUCUUAGUGAAGAGGAUGCUGACUAUGCCAUCAAAAUCAUGAAUAUGAUAAAGCUCUACGGUAAACCCAUCAGAGUUAAUAAGGCCUCUGCACACAAUAAAAACCUGGAUGUGGGCGCUAACAUCUUCAUCGGUAAUCUGGACCCCGAGAUUGAUGAGAAGCUGCUCUAUGACACAUUCAGUGCCUUUGGCGUGAUCCUCCAGACACCAAAGAUCAUGCGAGACCCAGACACCGGCAACUCCAAGGGUUAUGCUUUUAUUAAUUUUGCAAGCUUUGACGCAUCAGACGCCGCCAUUGAGGCCAUGAACGGCCAAUACCUCUGUAACAGGCCCAUCACAGUGUCCUACGCCUUCAAGAAGGAUUCCAAAGGAGAGCGACAUGGCUCGGCUGCAGAGCGACUCCUGGCUGCACAAAACCCUCUCUCCCAGGCAGACAGGCCGCAUCAGCUGUUUGCAGAUGCUCCACCACCGCCGAGUGCCCCAACGCCAGUUCUGACUGCAAUGGGAACUGCGAUGCCCAUGCCAGGCAUGCCUCCUCCUGUUUUCCCUCCUGUUCCUCCGCCUGGAUCAAUGCCUCCGUCAAUGCCCCCUUCAAUGGCCAUGCCUCCAAGUGCAGGGGCACCAGGCCCACAGGGGGCCGGCGGUGGACCUCCACCCGGUCCACCACCCUUCCCUCCUGGCAGCAUGCAUCCAGGUAUGCCUCAGAUGCCCAUGCCUCCUCCUGGUCCUCCUGGCAUGGUGCCUCCACCUCCUGCUCCCCCAGGAUCAAAUCAACAACGGGCACCGCCACCCCCUGGCAUGCCCCCACCCCCACCUAUGGGCAUGCCACCCAGAGCACCCUAUGGCCCUCCCAUGGGUCACCCUGUGCCUCCAGGUAUGAGAGGGCCUCCUCCUCCCAUGCCUCCACCUGGCUAUGGUGCUGGCCCCCCUCGUCCUCCUCCCUUUGGCUUCCAGAGAGGACCUCCAAUGCCUCCACGGCCCCCUGGUGUCCCGCCCCGCGUUCCCAUAAGAGCACCAAUGCCGCCGUAAUCCGCCUCUGGCUGCAGGAACGGGCUCUCGCUGUUGUUUUUUUUUUUUUUUUAAACAUCUUAAGAUCUACUCAAGUUUGUAAUAGUGAGAAUAAUUUAACACCUGUUUGUGUUUUUUUGGUCAUUGUACAGAUGAAGACCUUUGGCGAUUAAAAUUUUUAGUACACCUUUUGGAAUUGUU